AGGAUCAGUUAGCUCACAUCAGUGCAGUGCGUCCCCCCCCAGUAGCUAUUCAACUUCCACAUCGAACGUUAAAAAGUUUCCCACUUAACUUUUACAAAAGGGACUCUCCAAACGUUUUUGCUCACCCUUCAUAUUCCGCACGUUGAUCAUAUUUUAAUACAUCUCUCCCUGUAAGAAAAGGAAUAUUCCCCUCCCCAGUGCACUUCUUUUCCCAGAGGUGAAUAAUUAUAUCCCCCUACCGAGUAACCCUACCUCCUCUUUUAUUUUCUCCGCCACUUUUUCGCGUACGUAACUACCCCUGUGAGGAGUACCUUCGACUGUAGGUCCUCUCCCCCCGAGUGAAAAUCGCAGGGCGCGGCUAAAUUGUAAAGUGCAAGAAAGCGGGGCCCUUCUAGAUUUGUUCAUUUCGGCUUGAUUAUCUCUUUUGCAGUGGGACCUCUUCAGAGUUCCCCUCAGUUGAAAAGUUAGCACUGGUGCAGGGCGUUGAACAGGGCUACCACCGCGAUAGAGUUAACGCCUCAAAUAGGGCUACGCCUCAAAUAGGGCCUCGCCACAAAUAGGGCUACGCCGCGAAUAGGGAAAGACCCCCCAACGACGAUGGAGCAGGAGACCCUCGAGCAAGUGCACCUGACGGAGGACGGCGGAGUGGUGAAAACGAUCCUGAGGAAAGGGGAAGGAGGAGAAGAAAAUGCGCCCAAGAAGGGAAACGAAGUGACGGUGCACUACGUUGGCAAGCUAGAAAGCAGCGGGAAAGUUUUCGAUUCAUCUCGCGAAAGAAAUGUGCCCUUCAAGUUCCACCUAGGACAAGGAGAAGUGAUCAAAGGAUGGGACAUCUGCGUAGCAUCGAUGACGAAGAAUGAAAAGUGCUCAGUUCGUCUGGAUAGCAAGUACGGCUACGGAGAAGAAGGCUGCGGAGAAAGCAUUCCGGGAAACAGUGUGCUCAUCUUUGAAAUAGAGCUAAUCAGCUUUAGAGAAGCGAAGAAAAGCAUAUACGAUUACACAAACGAGGAGAAAAUCCAAGCGGCAUUCGAUUUGAAAGAAGAAGGAAAUGACUUUUUUAAAAAAAAUGAAAUUGACGAAGCUAUCUCCAAGUAUAAGGAAGCACUCGACUUAUUCAUACACGCGGAAGAUUGGGAUGGAGAUUUGGCUGAAAAAAAGAAAAACAUUGAAAUCAUUUGCAACUUAAAUUUGUCUACAUGUUAUAAUAAGAGUAAGGACUUCCCCAAUGCCAUCGCGCAUGCAUCUAAGGUACUUAAAAUUGAAAAAAAUAAUGUGAAGGCACUUUAUAAAUUGGGCGUCGCCAACAUGCACUUUGGUUUUCUGGAGGUUGCCAAGGAGAACCUCUAUAAGGCAGCUUCCCUAAGCCCCAACAACGUCGAAAUACGCAACUCCUAUGACGCCUGCCUGAGCAAAUUGAAGGAGGCCCGCAAGAGGGACAAGCUCACCUUCGGCGGUAUGUUCGACAAGGGCAUUCUCUACGAGGAGAAGAAGAGCAGCGCGAAGUGA